AUGGCGCUGCUUUCCUUUGGGUCUGCGCCUGGUGCAAGAGCGCGUGCUCUCCAGCGCUCCAGGCCCCCAGAUCGCGGCACUUCGCGGCCUUCAGGGCUGCCUCAAGGCACCAUCACCACGGCUGUCGCAGCCACCGUCGCAGCCACCACGGCUGGGGUGGUACCUGGGCGCGGGAGAGGUUCCAGGCCCGCGCGGCCCAUGAGGGCCGGGACGAUGAGAUCGGCACUUGAGGAAGAGGUCUCAGCUGCGGUGGAGGUGGUUCAGCGUUCGAUGCGGCUCGUGCAAGCUCUCGCCUGCGACAUGGAAGUCGCUCCAGCAAGCUCGGGGAAGGAGAUGGAAGCAUGUGAUGUCACGGCUGGCAUAUCUGCCAUCAAGCCAGGUGACUCGACGCCUGUGACAGCAGCAGACUUCGCCAUUCAGGGUCUUGUUUUUGAAGCCCUGCAGAAGCAGUUUCCCGCUGACGGUUUCAUGGGAGAAGAGGAUGCUGCCGAGCUUCGAGCGGACCCCGAUCUUUGCCGGCUGGCUCUGGAGCUCUGCUCGAGAUUUGGAAACAGCACUCUCACACAAGAGUCCUUCCUAGCUGCUGUGGACGCGGGGCUGGACCCGCUGCAGGAGAAAGAGAACGAUCGCAUCUGGGUGCUCGACCCGAUCGACGGCACCAAGGGCUUCAUGACAGGUCAGGGAUAUAUGAUUGGCCUUUCCCUUCUGAUGGAUGGCGAAGCCAUCAUAGGGGUAAUGGGCAAUCCCAACGCGGUGACGACCCCGCCGAUCAUGCUCGCUGUAAAGGGCAGGGGUCUCCGCUGGUGGCCUGCAGAGGGCACAAGUCCUCUGCCGUACGAGCCCUCAAAGCCGAAGUGGGCAGCUCAAGAUUUCAGAACCUUGCCGUCAUCCGCAGCAACUCUGCAAGAAGGUCGUGACUACCCUCCCUGGCUGCUUUCUCCACAGAGCAUGCGGUAUGCCUGCAGGCCCUUCGGUGACGCGCCCGCAUCAGAUUUGUGCUGCGGCUCCAUGGUCAAAUACUUUGCUGUGGCUGCCGGAACUCAUUGUGGAUAUGUGCAAUACGAGGAGCAGUUGAAAACGUGGGACCAUGCGUGUGGCAUCCUCUGUGUCGAGGAGUCUGGCGGAGCCGCAUGCGUUACAGACGCGGCUGGCGAGCCCGUGCGCUUCUUUGGCCGCAAGUUUUCAGUGUGCGGCGGCAUCGUUUCAUGCUCGCGCUGGUGCCGACCAGAGAUGCGAGAGCUUCUCCUUCAGGCUGCUGCAGGAAAUGCAUCCUAG